CUUUCUAAGCAGCUUUAGUUGUUAAUUAAGCAUCGCCGGGUAAAAACAAAAUAUAAGCGCGGAUUGUGUGUAAGAAAAAAGUUGCUAACAAGGCGAGCAAAAAAUGUUUCUAUUCAAAUAUUUAAUUGUUAGUUGCAGUUUAAUAUUUUGCAGCAAUAUAGUAGCAGCUGUAAUAGUAAGGAAGCGAUCGGACUCUGAAUCAACAGAGGCAAAGGCACCUACUGAGUACCAGCAAAUUUAUGAUCAGGUUCUAGGGGCACAGCAAUCGAAUAGUACUUCGAGCACGAAUCAUGACGAUGAGUUCGUACCAAUUGAAGCUGAAACUGAAGAACCAAUAUUAUUAAAAGAAAAUAGACCCAGUAAAAAAAGACCAGAUCAAUUUUCCUCUAACCGUGAAGUGUUUAAUGAAAACUCGAUGACAUCCGUACAAACAAAAAACUCAAAUAACGACUUCUCUCAACAAAACUCUGGUUCACUGAAUUAUCCACAGAACUAUGGCUAUCCGAGAGGUUCAUUUAAUAACGAAGGUUCAUAUAAUAAUCGUGAUGACCAGUAUCGUGGUGAAUCAGAGGAACGGUUUAGAAGUGCAUUUGAUGCUCAUCGUGCCUUCACAGAAAAUGCGCGAAAUAGGGCUAUGGCAUUACAAUCUUCACAAUUUCCUAGAAGCAACAAUUUCCCAAGUCCGACUUAUCACAGCGAUUAUACUAUGGGUCCUCUUAAUAGCUAUGCACAACCGCCUUUGCCACCUUAUCAAAGCUCUAACUUCGGUGGUUUCAGUAAUCCAGUUCCAGAUUUUCCUUCGUCCAAUUUUGGGGGAUUUUCACCCAAUGAAGGAGGAUUUUCUUCAUCACAACAGAGUGUACAUUACCGUUCUGAAUCGGGACCGGGCUUCUCACGCACUUCUGUAUUUGGUUCAAAUAAUGGUGUGCCUUUCGGCGCAGUCUUUUGAAGUCAAAAGUCAAAGUGGUUCCAUUUAACUAAUUUUAAUUUAUAUUAACUUUAAAACUAACCUAAAUAAUUAUUUUAAAUAAAUGUUGCAAUAUUUUUUUGCAAAUCUUUUAAUAGUCCAACCACUGUCUUGAUAAUUCAUAAGUUUGGAUCUUAAUUUUUGUGAAAUGAAAUGAAAUUUUUGAAGGCUGUACGCGAAC